CGCAGACUGGGAUACGCAGGGCACGUGACUUGCUACGUGGUACUCCCCCCUCAUCGCCGAACAAGUUGGACAAGGUGUCAGAUCGAUAUGGACCAACAGAACGUUGACUUCACUCCAUCGUCGAGCAGCUUGGUCGCAGCAACCAUGCAGCAACAGCGGGCACAGAGUGUAGUGAGUACAACGAACAACAACAACAACGCCAACGUCAGGUCCUGCGCGGGAUGUGGCGUAAAGAUCAUGGACCGAUUCUUACUACAUGCUCUUGAUCGCUAUUGGCAUACUGGGUGUUUGAAGUGUACGUGUUGUGGGGCGCAGCUUGGUGAAUUGGGUCCGUCGUGUUUUUCGAAGGGAGGCAUGAUACUCUGCAAAAAAGACUAUUUAAGACUUUUCGGCAACAGUGGUGCUUGCAGUUCGUGUGGUCAGUCGAUACCAGCCAGUGAAUUGGUCAUGCGGGCGCAGGGGAACGUGUAUCACCAGAAGUGUUUUGCUUGCACGUCGUGUCACAAUCAACUCGUUCCGGGUGACAGGUUUCUGAUAGUUAAUGGCAACCUGUUUUGUGAGACCGACCACCUUAAGAUAUUAAGAGCCAACAAUAACACAGGAAUACGAGCGAGGAAUAAGGUGUGUUAGAACGUCCGCGAUUGUCGUAAUGGAAGUCUUUCUUCAAACUACAGAAAUCGUCCUCGUAAAACGGGUUAUUUUUUCACGUUCUUUGAACAUUUGUCAAACCAGUAACAAGUGUACUGAACAACUGGGAUCCAAUGACCAUUCGCAGCAGGGACCCCUAUCUUUGUGUGGAGGCAGUUGCGGCAUGUAGUCAGGACUUGAAUUUACCUCGUGCACCUGCUUAUCGAACUUUGGAAAUCUCCCGCGACGAUGUGUCGUGAAUUACACAUGCCGAAUACUUAAACCAAAUAAUGAAGGACGGAUCGGGAAUAAUCGGUGUUGACUCUUAAAAAAAAACUAUCAGAACUUGGAUUAUAAAAACACUGUGGUUUGAAAAGGAAGAAGGAGACUUCUACAUCAUGUAUUAUUUAAAAAAUGUAAAUAGUUUUGAAAAUGCAAUUAUAUUUAAAAAGGGAAUGUUUUAACUAAAAUGUUUAGUUUACCUAUUAUUUUGUGCUUCUUCUCGGACCGUAGUAUGUUGAAGCGCCUUUGAAUUCCUGGAUGUGAGGAAGUAUCUUCAUCAUGGCGGCCCAGUUUGUUUGUUUACACACCAUCUACUCCUAAUGAUUUCACGCGGUAUCUUAAAGAGAAUCCACAAUUACGUCAAAAUAUUGGUUUGCCAAUAUUGUACGCUCGUUUUGAUAAUGCUAAUUUUAAUACUCAGUAUCCAGAAAUUGAUUUUUGGUUUUUAAAAUGUGCAUUUGUGUGAGAAGAGAAAGUCGCAUUAACCACGUGUGAGCAUAUUUGUAACUGUAUACCCAUUCUGUAGGCAUCAUGCAGAUAGAAAUAAUUUUAUAAUUACUUUAUGAAAUCGACACGUAUUGAUUUAACUAAAACAUUAAAGUGCAAUGCUAAGUCAUUUUCUUAGAAAUGUAUUAAGCCAAAGUGGGACAAUCUUGAUCUGAUAGAUCUUGCCCGAUUAUCACGCGCCAUGACGCCGUGGCUUUGAACUCCAGUUUGUUUUUGUUUUGUUUCACUAAAGGGAGUGAACGAAAGUUUCUUUUUUAUUCUUCUUGUUCAAAUUGUAUUUCUAGUUCAAUCUAUUUGAAGAAUAUCGCGAUAUUUUUGUAAUAUUUCACAUACUCAAAAUAGGUGAUAUUUAUUCUGAUAAAACUAAUACCUUGCAUCGAAAUGUGUAAAGUGGCGUGUAUCGUCUGCCGUUUUUUUUUUUAUUGGUUGGUGGAAUUUACGUCAUAUUUUUUUCCCAGCACACACUAAAGCGAAAGCUAAUCUUCUAAAAACUAGUUUUCGCGACUUUCUAAGCCUUGACAUGCACUAUUAUACAUAUACAUCAUGAAAACUGUUCGCAUAGUCCUCAAUCCUCAUCGUUUUUUUUUAUUUUAACAUUACUGUCCACCUUAGUUGUGUGUCAAUCUGUACACAAUUUCUUAAUUGUUCGAAUUUAUUGCUGUCGUAAAAAUGUCAUGCAAUCGGUUAAUAGAAGCGAAAGCCAAACCGAAUGUAAACUUAAUUAUAGUUUAUUAAUAUUUGCAAUAUUAAAAAUUCGUGU